ACUUCGACGAGGACGGCGAGGAAAAUGUAGAAUCUUGACUUCCACAACAUUCGCAGAGAUUCACAAAAAGAAGUGUUGAAAAAUGAAACGAAGGAGGAAAAUGGACUUGAUCCCGGUGGUUGUGUCUUAAGUGCAGUGUUUGUCUCUAUAUUAGUCUCUCUUGCACAAGAUCUUGAAGGCCUAUUAGAGCCUUCAGACCUUCUCUGCGCGAGGAGAAGAUGCUCUGCGUGGAGUCUUCUUGAGGAAUCAGUUCAUCAUUACUCCCUUGAGUGGGAUUGAGACGGUGCCCAGGGUGGUUGGGGCGGUGGUGACAUGUUAUCGGGCCCCAUGGGAGCCUCCAGUCUGGUUGUUGACCCAGAUGGUGGAGAUGCCAAAGAUGCCGAUGAAGCUAAUCACUUGACCUCGAAAGUUCCAAUUGAAGAGGAACGGAAAUCCUCGCCGGUUCCAGAUGAGGACCAAGAGGAUGAAGAGGAAUCCGAUGAUUCUCGUCAUGGCGGCGGGCAUCGCAAAUCCGAUGCUGGAACGAGUCAUCCCGGCUUCUCAGCGGAUUGGUCGGCCGAUGCCUCUCCCCGAGCUCACAUUUUUGUCCCUGUCACUGGAUCAGGCCGAUGGAAAUGUGUGGCCUGUCGGAUGGUGAUUCCAGCCGGGGAAACCAACAAUCUCAAGGAGGACGAGCUCUGUCGAGAAACAUUUCGGGAAGGGAUCCGCAAAUACCGAGAAAAUAAAUCCGUCGAUCAUCAUUGGGUGAAGCGAACCAACUUAAAAGGCAAAUGUAAAGGAUGUGGCAAGUCGUUCCAAGGGAAAUUGGCAUUUGGUUCCUCGAAAGAGGUGGUGGGCGAGUCAUGCUCGUGGUGCAAGUACUCCUAUCAUAUGAAAGACCAAUGUCAGAAAGACAAGAGCCAAGAUGAUUUCUGUUGCCUCGGAGUGCAUAAAUCCGUCAUCGUGCCUUCAACGUGGAUUCUCAAGGUCCCACGAAAAGGGAGCUUCAAGUCGAGUUUGAAGAAUAGUCCGAGCAAGAAUCGACGUCGAAAAGCCGAGGCAUCCUCACCCACAGCCGAGGAAGGCUUAAGACCCUUUUGUAUAAAGCCAAUUCCGGAUCACAAGAUCAGUCCCCUGUUGGUAUUUCUCAACCCCAAAUCAGGCGGAAACCAGGGUGCCAAAUUGAUGCAAAAGUUCCAAUGGCUUCUCAAUCCUCGACAGGUUUUUGAUCUCACCCAAGGUGGCCCCCAACCGGCCAUUGACAUGUUCCGGAAAGUGCCCAAUAUAAAGCUAUUAGCUUGCGGUGGCGAUGGAACCGUAGGUUGGCUCUUGUCUGUUCUCGACAAGUAUCAGAUCGACCCUCUUCCAGCUGUCGGUGUUUUGCCGUUAGGCACAGGCAAUGAUCUCAGUCGGUCUUUGGGUUGGGGAGGUGGGUAUAUCGAUGAACCUAUCUCCAAGAUCAUCUCUGGCCUUCAAAUGGCCGAAGAGGAGAUGAUGGACCGUUGGCAGCUGAAAGUUACCAGAAAUGAAUACCAAUCUUCAGACACUCGGGGCAAAGACGCCUUGCCUUUGAACGUCGUCAAUAACUACUUCUCCAUGGGAGUCGAUGCUCACAUUGCCUUGGAAUUCCACGAAGCUCGCGAGGCUAAUCCUCAGAAGUUCAGCUCGAGAAUUCGGAACAAGAUCUACUACGGCCAAGCGGGAGGAAAGGACCUUCUUUUGAGGAAGUGGAAGGAUCUGUCGAACGAUAUCGAAGUGAUCUGUGACGGUGAAGAUUUCACUCCCAAGCUUCGCGAGUUGCGAGUCCAUUCGGUUCUGUUCGCUAAUAUUCCCUCGUUUGGAUCGGGAACCCACCCAUGGGAUCCUGCCAAAGGCACGCAGCAGAUCAACGACGGCAGGAUUGAGGUGAUUGGACUUACCACCUAUCAGCUUCCAAUGCUCCAAGGUGGACUUCACGGUUCCUGCAUCACUCAGUGUAGAUCUGCCGUCAUACGAACCACGAAAACCAUCUCCAUGCAAGUGGAUGGGGAGGCUAGCCGCCUUAAUCCUGCUACUAUUGAGCUCUCCUUCCUCAAUCAGGUCAAGAUGCUAACCAGACGCAAAGGUCAGGGUAAAUCGAGAAUCACCUAUGCCGAUCCUGACGUUGCUCUAGAGAUCACUGUUAGUCGAAUACUCAUGCGAGAUUACGCUGCCUAUCAUCAAGAUAAGGAUAAGCUGAAAGAUAUGUCUAAACCAGUGGGAAAGAUCAAGACCAAUUCCAAGGCAGAUCUGAGUGAAGUUCGGGAUCUGAUCAAGAAAGUUCUGGAGAACAAUCCCGGCCCCAAUCAACAAUCCUUUGUUCAGGACUGGUGUUUCAUCGAUGCCGUAACUGCUAUUCGAUUCUUUCGGAUUGAUCGAGCCCAAGAAGGAUUCCACUAUCUAAUUGAUAUCUGUGAUGACUCCGUGGUCUAUCUGGUCUUGAACGAUGACGAGGACUCGCAACUGACAGCUGAGGAACCUCUAGUGAUUGAUUCGCCCAUUGUCGCGGAAGCUCCCCCAAAACCAGUGCUUGAAGAGCAAGAGAACGAGAUUGUGUCCAAUCACUCAGAGUCCGAGAAACGGGACGUAUUCCUCGAGGUCAAUUCCAAUCUGCCAUGUCCACGCAAUGGUCAAGAACCGCCGAGAAACACGCUGAGUCCCAAAACUCAAAUGCCUAAAUCGGCUUCACCUGAACCGAGUCCAACGAUUCAGCAAGUCCUUGAAAAGACAACUGAAGGAAUCCUAAAGGCUGCCAGACUAGGAGAUCUAAAGAUGCUACGCGAACUCCAUCAAGAAGGAUACUCACUACUCUCCAUCGACGAAACUGGGAAAACCGCCCUCCAUUAUGGCGCCCGAUUCGGAAACAAAGAAGUUGUGAAGUAUCUGAUUGCUCAGGCCCCACCUUCUAUUUUGGAUCUGGUGGAUAACGAAAAAGGUCAGACGGCGCUCCACAAGGCAGCCAGCUACAAGCGGCGCACUAUCUCGUGUAUGCUGGUGGCAGCCGGGGCUAGUCUGCUCAUCAAAGACAACGCCGAGCUGACACCACGACAACUGGCCGCAUUGGCAGAAGACAAUGAGUUGGCCUCCUAUUUGGAGAGUCAAGAAGAAUUCCAAAGAGAAAAGGCGGAAGGUCUGGUUGAUGGCAACUCUGGAGACUUUGAGACUCCUGUAUGAAGGUUGUGUUGUGCUAAUCGCUCCAGCCAACCUCAAAAAGUGCUUCUUCAAACUCAUCCAAUGAGAUGAAUCCCAUCUGAACAUGACGAGGUUACCUUUGAAAGAAUCCUUACCCCGUGAUUUAACCGUGCUAAAAGAUUUUGGUAGAACAGACAGACAUACGGACUUUAGUAAGUAGAUGCGCUUGACCGACCUCACUCUCACAACACCGAUGCCUUCCUAGACCCCUUCAACUGUACUGUGAUCGAUUCAAUGGAUAACGACUACGAUGACGAUAUGUAAUACCUCUUCAAUUAUUUCAAUUUUGAUUCCUACUCCUCUUUAUCAUGAUCAUGAUCACUAACAUCACCAGCAUCACACCACAACAUCCAACCCCACAACACCAGCACACACCCAUAUUUGCUACUUGUGAAUAUAUUCACAACAAUACUCACCUCCUGUGACAUCAUUAUCCUCAAGACCUUAAUUUUCACGAACUUUUCCUACUGCUACUAUGACGACUAUUGUUGUGCUACCACAUACAGCCACUCAAUUUCGAGAGUGAUCCUCUGCGAGGCCCAAUUUGUAAUCAAUAUUCACCCACCCCAAACAAGUAUUGUGAUGAUUUCUUACUCGAACCAACUAUCUGUCUAGAUAUCUAAAUAUCUGUCCCUUGCUUCCGAUCCACCUUUUUUGAUAACUUGUUCCACAUACUCCACAUCCAAUCAUUAUCAUCGGACUCGCGAUUUGAACCGGAAAUCCCGAGUCCGGUGUGUACACAGUAGGUGCGUUAUAGAAGCACUAUUAAACAUAUUGAUUGUAUAUUCUUGGAUGUACUUGUAAUGAUCCUCGUUUCCCAUCCUCUUUAUUGCACAUGACAUUCGAAUGUUUCGAAUAUGCAAAGUAUUUCCCUAGUAGGAAAACCAAUAUAGCCCCAAUCCCCAAAUUCAGAGCCUUCAGAACUUGUUAAUCACCAUCCCAGUCUUCUGUUCUUCCUAUUUCUUAUGCCCUGUCGUUAUGAUGUCUGCAUUUCCCCCAUUUUAAAGCUAGUCCGAAGCACGGCUAUGUGAUCAAUUCCAUCUUUUCCAUACUUGACACACUUAACAUCCUUCUCUGCCUUAAACGUCGAUAGACGACCAAAAAUAGAAGAAAUACCAAUAAGUCGUUCUGUUCCGGCAGCGUUCACAGACUUGAAGGCCAGAAAGAGUUUACACUAUCCCUCAACUUGCGAAUGUAUAACCAUAUUCUUCUGGCAUAAUUGAGUACACUCAAAGGACUAUGAUUCUCCACUUAUUCGUAAACAGAAAAUGUCAAUUGGUUAAUACCAAUGUCAUAAUUGUCUAAUAAAACAAAUAUCCCUCA